AUGUCUGCUGUAUCGCGUGCUGCGGUGGGUGAACGUGCCAGUCUGGAACAGCAAUCAACAGAAACUCGCAGCAGAAGAUCUAUCUCUUCCACUCUGAUUAAUUUCUUCAAAAACAUGAAAAGGGGCGAAGUUAGUCCCGGGAGUGACGGUACCCGUCAUGGAAUGAAGAGACAGAAAAUUGAAGAGAUCCCUGGAGAAGACUCGUAUCCCGAUAUUCAAGGUUCUAGCUCUGCGAACAAUUCUGUACUGUAUCGUCAAGGUGAUAAUCGUGUCGCACAACAAAAUGAGCUACCGCAGGCUGCAUUAUCUGAGCCCCUGAUCUUGUACGGACCUGAAGACCCAAACGAGAGACCACCAGUGCUCCCCAUACUGCCCUUGCAACGGCUACGGAUUUUAAGGGAGAAACAGAAGUUGCGGAUGAACAACGAUGCAAGAAUGUUGGCCCAGAAUGCUACCCGAUCAAAACCACAGGAACCUUGGACCACUGAGAAACAACUGUCAGAAUCGCCUACGGUCUCUCUACCGUCUACAUCGAGUAAUUUUGACCAUAGUGUCAUCUACCACAAAUCUUCCACACCUUCCCCGGUAAAGAAGCCGCUGCAAUACAAGAAACAAAGAGAGGACAAUAAACGCCGUAAGAACGGGUUAAAUAUUAUUGAACCAAUGCUAAAAUUAGACGGGAAGGUAUUAAAGAAGACGACAACAAAGAAAACCAGUUUGAAGAAUAAAGGUACUAAAUGGUCAGGUUAUUUCGAAUACGAUUUGUCUGAAUAUGAGACUUCUCCAUCAAAUAUACCAAUGAAGGUUGAAAGUAACACGGUCCCGGGCGCAACGAUGGAUGUUUCCUCUACUGAGUUACCAAUCUGUGUGUCGAGUUCGUCGUUGAAACCAGUUACAACAGAAUCAGAAAGCCAACUAUCCGAUACUCAAAAGAGCUUGCUACUAAACGGUAUCAAAACAGCAACAACCCCAAUUGUCAAGGAAAAGAAAAUGCCUGUCACAAAGAUAGUCACACCAGCUGCAACAGGUAAAACAGCCGCGGGCAAAGGCAAGAAAUUUACAGUACCUACAAUGGGUUUUGAUUUCAUUGGUAUUGACUCCUCAAAGAAGCCAGACGGAGUACCAUCCCUCGCCAUCAAUAAAAACGUGAAAGCGAGUUCUACUGCCGCUGAGCAAACAACAAGCGCGACUUUUUCAUUCGGUAGUAAACCUCAGAUUCCUAUACAGAACCGCAUUGAGGAGGUCGAUGGCAAAUCAGACGAAGAACCGAGACGCAAGGCCCCCAAUGGAGCUCCUGCAGCAAUGCCAAAAUCUGUACUAAAGGGUCCUGAUGUGGGCAAUGGAAAAGCUGCAGCUCCUUUAUCUUUCAAUCUUGGCGGCAAUAAAGAUACGGCUGAAAACUCUGAAAAGAAAACCACAGUACCAACUUUCACCUUUGGCAAAUCCCCUGCUGGUGAAACGAAAACUGAAACGGAGUUACCUCCCAAAAAGCCUGCCUUUUCAUUACAAACAGCCACCUCCAAUAAAUCAGAUACAACAACUACGGAGCCCGCUAAGAAAAAACCGGCAUUUUCCUUUGGAUCUUCUGAGACAUCGGAUGAACCAUCGAAAAAGAACUUGAACUUUUCCUUAGCACCAAAAAUUGCAGAUGGGAAUGCACCAACAUCAAAGCCUCCAGCAUUUUCAUUCAGCACCAAUCAAAAGGAGAACGGCACAGAAAAGAGUGCGUCUGCGCUUACCUUCAAUUUUGGCUUAAACAAACCUGUGGUUCCCGAAAAGAAGCAUGAACAGGUAGCAAAGCCUUCCAAUGGCUUUUCAUUCAAUGCCCCAACAUCUUCUAAGGAAGAACCAACUGAAAGUAAACCACAAGAAAAACCAUUUACGUUUGCCAAACUACCGGUAGAACAGGCAAACAAUUCGACCACCACAAAGCCGUCAUUUGCCUUCCAAAAACCUUCUGAUACCGGAUCGGCGCCAGCUGCAAGUGCAUCAUCGUUAUUUUCGUUACCAACGGAGACCGCACCACCUACCGCUUUACCUGGGUUAAACGGAGCAACUGCAAAACAGACUUUCAAUUUCGGGGCAACCAAUGGUACCACACCUGCACAAGAAAAGGCAACUUCGCCGCAACCGUCAGGAAGUGCACCACCACCAUCAUUCAGUUUUAACAGGCCCUCGGCACCAGGUGGCAGUAAUACGCAGUUGAAUAAAGAGGCGGGGAAGCUUGGUGUUAGUUUCAACAAUCCCUUAUUGAACAGCGCCAACAGUAACUCGACUCCAAACCUGUUCUCUGGCGCUCCCUCGUCAUCUGCAUCUCUCGUAAAUAAUGCUGGCAGUGGUGGAUUUAAUUUUGGUGCUACUCCUGCACCAUCCACUGCUGUGAGCGCGGCACCUUCCUUAUUUGGUGGUAAUACAAAUGCACCAACUGGGUCUGCCCCAGGUGGUGCUGGUGCUCCCUUGGCAUUUAAUUUUGGUGCGCAAAACAGUGCACCCGCUGGAAAUACAUUUGCAUCCAACACUCAGGCGGGUAUGAACCCACUUCUUUCUGGUAACAGUAACUUAGGUUCAGGCGGGUCGGUCUUUGGCGGUAAUAACGGCGUUGCGCCCGUUGGCGGGUUCAAUCCAACGGGUCCCUUCAGCGCGGGCAUGAACCAGGGUAAUGCUGCGAACUUCAACCUUCAGAAUGCCCCACAGCAACCGCCCACGUUCAAUCCAUCAAUGCAACCUAAUUUGAAUUUUGGUCCCUCAAAUUCCGCGGAUCCAGCGGCCAUAUUCUCAUCGCCGUCGCCUCCGGUCACAAAUAAUACACCACAGCCAGGUUCGAUGAUUUCUCAAAGAAAGAUCGCCAGGAUGAGAGGUCCCCGUCGUUAG